AUGGCUUCUUACGAUAGCGAUGAUGAGGUGGACUAUGCUACAGAUCCGGCAUGGGCACAUAUAACCCCACUCCCACAAGACGACGGCGAGAACCCCCUCGCCCAGAUCGCGUAUCAUCCAGACUACGUCGUCGCGAUGUCAUACCUACGCGGUGUAAUGGCUAUUAACUACCAUUCGGCCCAGGUUCUAAAACUAACAGCCGACAUCAUUGGCAUGAACGCCGCUCACUACACUGUAUGGGGGUACCGAUUCAAGACCCUUAUGGCGCUUGAAGCUUCAAAUGGUUUUAAUGAUGAGGAGACGAGUUGGAGUUGGAGGAAAGAGCUGGAUUGGGUACAAUCUAUUGCUAAGCAAUACGAGAAGAAUUAUCAGAUAUGGCAUCACAGGCAGCUAAUCAUCAACCAUCUGAACGACGCCACUGGCGAGAGGGAAAGGACAAAUGAGAUGUUUGCCUCGGAUUCAAAGAACUAUCAUGUUUGGACUUAUAGGCAAUGGCUGGUUAAGAGGUUCAAUCUGUUCGACAAGGAAGAACUGGAUACGAUGGAGCUGCUGUUGAAGGAGGAUGUGAGAAACAAUAGUGCCUGGAAUCAUAGGUACUUCAUCACGCUUGGGAGGCUUGGAACCGACAGUCCAGCGGACGGAGUGAUAAAUCGAGAAAUCGAACUCGCAAAAGUGGCGAUAUCAAGCGCGCCACAGAAUCCAAGUCCUUGGAACUAUUUAAAGGCAGUUCUACGGAAAGGCAAUAUCGGUCUGGCUUCGUUGAAGGAUUUCUGCGAACAAUUCGCACCGAUCGAUUCGGAGGACGAAAUUAAGUCAUCCCACGCCCUCGACAUACUAUCCGAAAUAUACGACGAAACCGGAAACCUCGGAAAAGCUGAACAGGCCCUGGUGCUCCUUGCUGCAAAGUAUGACCCCGUACGAAAGAAUUAUUGGCGAUAUAGGAAACGACUCCUCGGGUCCAACGAGAAUGUGCCGACUGCAAGCGAGAAGACACCGAUUGUGCACGCAACAGCAUAG